AUGGCAUUUCGCAAGCGCAACAUCGCGCUAUCUCGCACACCGACAGGCGAAGACGCGUCAAAUGCACCAUCUUCUCCUUCGAUAGCACAACCUGCACCAACACCCCCCGGUGUGCGCCCCUCACCCAUCGAUGGCCGCCCCACCACGUCGACCGGCACACCUUCGCUCGAUGGCAUCUUAGCCGGACACGCUGGCCUGGCACUGGGAAACUCGAUACUAAUAGGCGAGAGCGGGACGACAGACUAUGCUGGCGCAUUACUGCGGUUCUACGCAGCUGAGGGAGUGGUGCAGGGCCAUAGAGUACAUGUAGUAGGCAUGGGCGAAGUGUGGGGUAGGGAACUACCGGGUAUAUCAGAAGACAAGUCGGACAAGAGAAAGGAGGGGAAGGAGCGAGCGGAGAAGAUGAAGAUCGCAUGGAGGUAUGAAGGCCUUGGGCAGUUUGAGAGUGCUAGAGGCUCUCCCAAUGUGCAGAGGACAGCAGGUCAAGGCGAUAGUGCGACAGAAGAGCAGAUAGUCUUCUGCCAUACCUUCGAUCUUGCCAAACGUCUCACGCUCCCUGUAGGAACAGCGAUCAACUAUGUGCCCAUACCUCCACCAACAGGCACUUCGUCACCCUUCCCUCCGAUACUGCAAAACAUACGGCAGCAGCUCGAGUCGACACCACCACACGCGAUCCAUCGCAUCGUGAUACCGUCUCUCCUCUCGCCGGCAUUGUACUCUCCGUCAGCGGCCCACCCGACCUCCGUACUCCAAUUCCUCCACGCUCUACGCGCGCUACUCCGACAGUAUCAAACGCGCCUGACCGCCAUUAUCACAAUUCCCUUGACCCUAUAUCCAAGAUCCUCGGGGCUUGUCCGCUGGAUGGAGAUCCUCUCUGACGGUGUCGUUGAGCUGUCCCCAUUCCCAUACUCGCGUGCGCAAGCACUCGCACAAUCGGCAGGUACGACGAAGGAAGAAGAACGACCGCAGGGUAUGUUCGCCGUUCAUAAACUACCGGUGUUUCAUGAAAAGGGCGGCGGUGGUGGAGCGGGAGACUUGGGCGAGGACAUGGCGUUUACGUUGAGUAGGCGGAAGUUUGUGAUUGCGAAGUACAGCCUACCGCCGAUGGAAGGCGACACCGAGGCGCAGGAGGAGGCUGUGCGAGAGGCGGCUGGUGGUAGCAAGAUGCCGAAGAAGCAGGAUCUGGAGUUCUAG